AUUCCACAUGGCAAAAUGGAACAAUAACAAAUGCUAAUAAAGUUAAUUUAGACAUACUUAGGUAAGCUUUGAUAUUCGAAUAUCGUCGUAAAUAGAAUUGUCUUAAGCCGACGAGUUUUUCCAAGAUGAGUGAUAAAACAGAAUCAAAUAAAAAAGCGCCCAUGACUGAUGAAGAAAGGCUUGCUCUUUGUCAGAAAUUGGAUGAAGAACUUGAUGACUUUAUAAACAGCUUAGAAAAGAAAAGGUAUACCGAUGGCUGGCCAGAAGAUCGCUGGGAGGAAGAAAUGGAUAAACAUCCUUUCUUCAUGAAGUCAGUUCCCUCAGAUGGUGAACUUUCUCCUCUUGCAGAAGGCUUGGCCAAGCUCAAGUAUGAUCCUGAAGAGAACACACCACUUGAACUAGCAAACAGCUACAAGGAAGACGGAAAUUUUAACUUUAAGCACAAAAACUACAGGCUGGCCUUAUUAGGAUAUACAGAAGGAAUAAAAGUUAGGUGUGAUGAUGCUGACGUAAAUGCAAGUUUGUACAACAACAGAGCAGCAGCUCAUUGGUAUUUGAAGAAUUACAGGUCGGCUUUAUUUGAUAGUGAGAAGGCAUUGACGUUUGAUCCGAAUCAUAACAAAGCACGUUUAAGAGCUGCUAAAUCAGCAUUCGAAGCCAAGAAAUAUGACACGUGUAUCGCUCAUUGUAAUAAACUUUUAGAAAAAAGAAGCAAUGAAGAAGUCAUUGAACUUCUUAAUAAAGCUAAAAAAUGUAAACUGGUUCAAGAACGAGACGAGAGAAAGAAAAUUCGAUCUGAUACUAAGAAAAACGAAGAUAAGGAUGAACUUAUUAAAUCUAUUAUUCAAAGGGGUAUAAGAAUAUCUAAAUGUGAUGAUGCAGAUGAUAUUGAUUUGUCAAAACUGGAACCAACCUUACCCGGUGCUCAUGAUGCAAUCGUUCAUUUAGAAAAUGGAGUAUUGAUAUGGCCAAUUUUGCUGUUAUAUCCAGAGCAUCAAAUGACAGACUUCAUAAAGGGAUGCUCAGAAAAUGUACCACUUAUGAAACAACUAGAACAGGUGUUUCCAGCACCAUGGGAUAGAGACAAUAAAUAUAAGUGUGAAAGUGUAAAUGUGUAUUACGAAGGCUACGAUAAAAUGCCUCAUAUUAUUGACCCAAUGAAGACUUUGGGUGAAAUUUUAGUUUCGAAAUACUUUGAACUGAAAGGUGGUACGGCAGCUUUUUUCAUUUUACCUCGAGGUAGUGUUAUUGAAAGAAAUUAUAUAGAGUGCCAUCUUUGAUGAUGAUGAUUGAUCGUCUUUAUAUUUGCAUGUUGAAAAAAUCAUUUGAUUCGUAAAAGUUAUUUAGACUAAAAGGGUUUUUUUCAAUAUAAUCAUAUAAUUAUCUACCACAGAUAGAUACAAAAUGUACGCACAUUUUUUAUGAAAUUAAUUUAUAAGCA